UAUGGAGAUUUCGGACCUUUAAAUUUGGCGAUGUUAUACAGAUACUGUUGUAAACUAAAUAAGAAAUUAAAGUAUUUCAGUCUAUCAAGAAAGAAGAUAGUGUACUAUACCAGUUUUGACCAGCGGAAACGAGCAAAUGCGGCGUUUUUAAUAGGUGCAUAUGCUGUAAUAUACUUGAAGAAAACACCAGAAGAAGCUUACAGAACACUUUUGUCUGGAUCUCAUCCACCAUAUCUUCCGUUUAGGGAUGCUUCAUUUGGGAACUGCACAUACAAUCUUACGAUCUUGGACUGUUUACAGGGAGUAAAUAAGGCCUUGCAGCAUGGAUUUUUUGACUUUAAGACAUUUGAUGUGGAUGAAUAUGAACACUAUGAGCGAGUGGAAAACGGUGACUUCAACUGGAUUGUUCCAGGAAAAUUUUUGGCAUUUAGUGGACCACACCCAAAAAGCAAACUUGAAAAUGGUUAUCCUCUUCAUGCGCCUGAAGCCUACUUUCCCUAUUUCAAGAAACACAAUGUCACAUCAAUCAUAAGACUAAACAAAAAAAUUUAUGAGGCAAAACGCUUUACUGAUGCUGGUUUUGAGCAUUAUGACCUGUUUUUCAUAGAUGGAAGCACACCAAGCGACAGUAUAGUUCAGAGGUUCCUGAACAUCUGUGAAAAUGCUGACGGUGCUAUUGCUGUACAUUGUAAAGCUGGCCUGGGGAGAACAGGAACACUGAUUGCCUGUUACAUAAUGAAACACUACAAGUUCACACAUGCUGAAGCCAUUGCUUGGAUAAGAAUAUGUCGACCAGGCUCUAUUAUAGGACCCCAGCAACACUUCUUGGAAGAGAAGCAAGCAAUGUUAUGGCUGGAGGGAGAUCUCAUCCGAUCAAAGCAGAAACAAGGAGUAGUUGAUGGAAACAUUAACAGAGUUCUUUGUGGCUUGAAUGACAUUUCAAUCAGUGACAGCUUGAAUAAAGUACAAGAUUUGGAUCAAUACAGAGAG